CUGACAGUUGACGCGUUCACAUGUCAUGUAACGUAUACGAGCCCGGCUGAAACCACAUUCGGAGCACGGCAUGUGGCCGCGCCGCACGCAUAACCUUUUUUUUUAAACAGUUAUGGCCUGGAAUCAAGUCCUUUAAGCCGAGCUAAGAAGCGUUUUUCGAGUUUUAAACGCGACCGUGUUUGACAAUGCUUGUGAUGUGUGUGUGUAGCUGACGCUGUGUGUGUUUAAAACAUCCACAAAACGCUUCCCGACUGUCAGGCACUGCCAAAAUGGUGAUAGUCCCCUAGAGAAGUGAUCGGAACUUGUUUUGUUAGAGUGAACAAGAUGGACGCGAAGAACGAGACGCAAGAUAUCGAGCUCAGCGCGCAGGGGACGAGCACUAAACCCAGCGAUGUCGCCCUCAAAUCAGACCUCCCCGAGAGAGGCUCCUGGGCCUCCAAGCUGGACUUCAUUCUUUCUGUGGUCGGCCUCGCCAUCGGCCUCGGGAACGUGUGGCGGUUCCCGUACCUCUGCUACAAGAAUGGUGGCGGCGCGUUCCUGAUCCCCUACUUCCUGACCCUAUUCCUAGCUGGUAUACCCAUGUUCUUCAUGGAGCUGGCCAUGGGGCAGAUGCUGACCAUUGGUGGGCUGGGCGUGUUCAAGAUUGCGCCGAUUUUUAAAGGCAUCGGCUACGCGGCGGCCGUGAUGUCCUGCUGGAUGAACGUGUACUACAUCGUCAUCCUCGCGUGGGCCAUCUUCUACUUCUUCAUGUCCAUGCGAUCAGAGGUCCCAUGGAGAAACUGCGACAACUACUGGAACACGGCUGCCUGCGUCAACCCGUACGACCGGAAGAACCUCAACUGCUGGUCGUCCUUCAACAAGACCACCUACUGCGUGCUCAACGGCCAAAACAUUACUAAAGUUGCCCUUUCUGACCCCGUCAAGGAGUUCUGGGAACGUCGAGCCCUCCAAAUCUCGAGCGGUAUCGAGCACAUCGGGAACAUCCGUUGGGAGCUGGCUGGCACCCUGCUGCUGGUGUGGGUGCUAUGCUACUUCUGCAUCUGGAAGGGCGUGCGGUGGACAGGAAAAGUUGUCUACUUCACUGCUUUGUUCCCGUACUUCCUUCUGACAGUGCUACUGAUCAGAGGUAUAACCCUCCCCGGCGCGAUGGAAGGCAUCAAGUUCUACGUGAUGCCGAACAUGUCCAAGCUGUUCGAGUCUGAGGUGUGGAUCGACGCCGUCACGCAGAUCUUCUUCUCGUACGGACUCGGCCUCGGCACUCUCGUGGCCCUCGGCAGUUAUAACAAGUUCACUAAUAACGUGUACAAAGACGCGUUGAUAGUAUGCACCGUCAACUCCAGUACGUCCAUGUUCGCCGGGUUCGUCAUCUUCUCCGUCGUCGGCUUCAUGGCCCACGAGCAGCAGAGGCCGGUCGCUGAAGUGGCUGCCUCAGGUCCUGGUCUAGCUUUCCUCGCCUACCCAUCAGCAGUGCUCCAGCUCCCGGGCGCCCCGCUCUGGUCCUGCCUCUUCUUCUUCAUGCUGCUCCUCAUCGGCCUCGACAGCCAGUUCUGCACCAUGGAGGGCUUCAUCACGGCCGUUAUUGAUGAGUGGCCCAAGUUGCUGAGGAGGAGGAAGGAAAUCUUCAUUGCGAUUACGUGUGUCAUUUCGUAUUUGGUUGGGCUGUCUUGUAUAUCUGAGGGCGGUAUGUACGUGUUCCAAAUCCUGGACUCGUACGCCGUGUCCGGCUUCUGCCUGCUGUUCCUCAUCUUCUUCGAGUGCGUCUCCAUCUCCUGGGCUUUCGGCGUCAACCGCUUCUACGACGGCAUCAAGGAGAUGAUCGGCUACUACCCCACUAUUUGGUGGAAGUUCUGCUGGGUCGGAUUCACGCCUGCUAUUUGUAUUAGCGUGUUCAUCUUCAACUUGGUGCAAUGGACUCCGAUCAAAUACAUGAACUACGAGUACCCGUGGUGGGCACACGCGUUCGGCUGGUUCACGGCGCUGUCCUCCAUGCUGUGCAUCCCGGGGUACAUGGUAUAUCUGUGGCGAGUCACGCCGGGUACUACGAGCGAGAAAUUCCACAAGAUUGUCCGCAUCCCGGAGGAUGUGCCGGCGCUGCGCACCAAGAUGCAGGCCGAGGAGAUUCAGAAGCACGGCGUAGCUUCAGCUUAAACUAGUCUUAUGACCGCGAUCUCAAGGACUUUCGGGAUUACAACCUUGUGUAGUUUAACAUAAGAUUCACUUUACAACGACUCUGAGAUGACAUAAUUUAGUUUCAUCUAAUCUUAAAUUUGACUACACGAGCUCGAACAAGAAUUGAUAUUCUAAAUCCACGCACAAUUUUAACACCUUUUACGGUGUGUAAUGUGUCAUAAAUUAAUUAAUAUUAAUUAAUUACCGUUGUAGAAACUCGAUUAGCUGCUCGAUUUGAUUGAAUACUCGGAAAUAUUUUAAAUAUUUUUAUGAGUUAGUGUAAUUUUAAUUUGUGGCUCUUUUGGGUGCGUUGCGACGCGUUCAUGUAUGUUAGAUUUUUACGCUAUAUUUCUAUAUUUAGGAGUUGUGUUUUAAGAACAUUAAAAAGUUAAGCGAACCGUAUGAGUGGGACUAUGUUACGAAGUAUAAACUCUGUUACUAUUGUUGUCUUCCACGAAGCGUAGUGCUUAGAUUGUAUUGUAUGUAUUUAAGCUUGUAUUCAAUUGUAUUUUAUAUUUAUAAUCAAUAUUUCUAAGAGUCCAGUAACCUGUGAGCGUAUAACAAGCAAAGAUGUUGCCAAAAUUUAAAAUU